GAGUGUUCCUGCAUUUGAAUUCAUCAAAAUAUAUACAGAAAGCCGGAUGAUGACAAUUUUACAUGUACCAUUGGUUGUUAUUUCUAUACUGUAUUAUGCUCAACCUGGAGAAUCAUUCAUUAUCGGCUUAGGUAUUGGUGGUGCAGUUAGAGUCGGUAUCAGUACAGGCAUAGUUGUCGGUGGUGGUGGUUAUCGUGGUGUUCGUGCCUAUAUACCUAGACGUCGAAUGAUUGGAAUCGGUGCAAGAGGUGUGCAUAUACGUGGUGGUGGUGCUGGUGGGGGUAGUGAUGAUGAAUCUAGUAGUAGUGUACGAAAACGAACUGUACGACGUACAGCAAGAGAAGAACAACCUGAAGCAGAUAGCUCUGAAACAAUAGUUAAAAAGACAAGGGUUAUCACGCGUGAAGUUGAAGAACCCAGUGCUCCAGUAGAAACUAAAACAAGCAAACGAAUUGUUAAAAAAAGCUCUUCUGAAGAAGAUAUUGGCGAAGAGAAGAGUUCAAGUGUGAAGAAGACACGAACUGUCAAGAAACGAACAAUAGUCGAUGAAGAUGAUGAAUUUGGUGAUUUAGAUGAUUUUUAAUCAGACUGUAUCAUUUGGAUAUUCCUAAAAACUUUUGAAAUGCUUCUUUUAUUUAAUUAUUAUAUUGCUGAUUGAUGAUGAUAAAGAAGACAGAACUGUUUAACUGCACAUCUGUGUUUAUGUACAGAUUUCAG